AUGGAGCACCUGAACAAACUUUUCCUCGAGUACAUCUUUCCGAGUGAUUACGAGUGGUUACUGAUCGCCAUGUACCUCAUCGUCUUCAUCGUCGGUGUAGUCGGCAACUUUUUAGUUUGUUUCGCUGUGUGGCGCAAUAAGCAGAUGCGUACGGUGACGAACAUCUUCAUCUUCAACCUGUCGACAGCUGAUCUGAUGGUCAUCAUUCUCGUUCUACCUGCUACUGUCACUGUGGAUGUCACUGAAACCUGGUUCGCUGGACUCAUCAUGUGCAAGUGUCUCAUGUUCCUGCAGAACAUAUCAGUUUCAGUGUCGGUGUUGACGUUGACGGCCAUUUCCGUGGAGCGCUUCUACGCCAUCUGCCACCCGCUGCGUUUUCGUAGCACGAAGAAAAGAGCCAGGAUGGUAAUCGGUGCCAUCUGGUUGUUCAGCAUUCUCGUCUCGUCACAUGAAGCAAUCAUUUUCCAAACCAUUCCGACCUCAAACCACACCGUACUACUGACCUCAUGUCGACCACCUAACGAAUACUUUGACCAAAGUAUUUGCUAUCACGCGGUGAGUUGCUACUAUAUGUCUUUGUGAUUUCUUAUGUACAUUUGUUCGCAAGACGUUGAAGGCGUUUGUGACAAAAAAGUUGAAGAAGUUGACGUAAUAUUUAAAAUAUAUUUUGUAGAUAGAUUAUUAUUUGAAUGAAUAUU